GUUCGGCUUAGAGAAACGUUUAGUCAAGGCUGGUCGCUCGCGCUGCGUUACAUUCGCUAUACAACAUGAUCGGAAUCAAAAGGAAAAAGUUGGUUAUAUUUGGCGUGACUGCGGUCGUAGUUGUGGCUAUUUUUGUAGCAAUAAUAGCAAUUUUGCUGACGCGCAAAACUCUUGCUGACGACUCAAAUGCCAAAUUUGUCAAAUGCGGCUCAAAGUUCAUUAGUGACUCCAAGAUGGGUAAAUAUAAGAAGGGUGCCGUGACGACAAACGGUCAGGAAUGCGCACAAAUUGGUGCCAAUAUCUUAGAUAAGAAUGGUUCGGCAGUGGAUGCGGCGAUAGCAGCGCUUCUUUGCGAAGGUGUUGCGUCCUUGCAUAGUAUGGGAUUGGGUGGUGGAUUUCUUAUGACGAUAUGGGAUGCGAAAAAUAAAACGGCAGAUUAUCUGGAUGCGAGAGAAACCGCUCCAAUGGCUGCAACGGAGGAUAUGUACGAUGGCAAUGCUCAUCUAGCUAUGUAUGGUGGACUAGCAGUUGCUGUCCCAGGUGAACUUAUGGGCUAUUGGGAAGCACAUCAAAAAUAUGGAAGAUUACUAUGGUCUGAAUUAUUUGCGCCUACAAUUAAAUUGUGCGAGACUGGAUCUCGCAUCAAUGAUUAUCUUGCUGCGUAUUUAGUAGAAAAGGAGCCUAUGAUAAAGAAUGAGAGCAGUUUGGCGAAAAUACUCAUAAAUCCUGAUACCAAUAAAGUGUGGGUUGCAGGUGAUAGAAUAAAAAGACCACAACUUGCAAAGACUCUGAAACUAAUUUCGGAGUAUGGUGCUGAUAUAUUUUACAAAGGUAAUAUUACUGAUAAUUUAGUCGAGGAGAUUAAAGCGUUUAACGGGAUAAUCACGAAACAGGAUUUUGCAGCAUACAGAGCCGUAUGGAGAGAACCGGUCGCAUUAAAAAUGGGAAAUCUGACAAUCUAUAGCGCUCCACCGCCAGGUUCUGGUGCAAUCUUGAUGUUUAUAAUGAACAUCCUUCGUCGAUUGCUACCGGUCAAUAAUGAAAAUAUAAUGUGGCAACGUAUAAUAGAAACUUUCAAGUGGGCUUAUGCAAGAAGAACCGAAUUGGGAGAUCCUGCUUUCGUCGAUGGCUUAGACACGUUGCUCACCAAUUUAACAUCCGACGAUUAUGCGGAAAUAAUAAAAAAAAGGAUAAAGGAUGACCGUACGUCUCAAGAUCCUGAGGAAUAUGGUGCUGUUACUGAGACAGCCGUGGAUUCAGGAACUGCGCACGUUUCCGUUCUUGCUCCUGACGGCUCCGCUGUCUCCGUUACAUCGACCAUUAAUCAGGUGCUCGGUGCAAUGAUACGCUCAGAAUCCACCGGUAUAAUAUUUAACGACGAGAUGGACGAUUUUAGUUCACCCAAUAUAACCAACGGCUUUGGACUCCCGCCGUCACCGGCGAAUUUUAUCCGACCAGGCAAACGGCCGUUGAGUUCGAUGUGCCCGACUAUAGUGGUCGAUCAAAAUAACAACGUCAGAUUAGUGAUAGGUGCAGCCGGUGGCACGAAAAUUACAAGCAGCGUAGCGAUUGGUAUGGCUCUAAACCUUUGGUUUAAUUACGAUAUAAAAGAGGCAAUUGAUGCACGUAGACUUCAUCAUCAACUAUUCCCUAUGAACGUUCAAAACGAAAAAGAUUUUUGUCCACCAACUUUAAAUUAUUUGAGGAAAAUCGGACACAAUGUCACCACUUUUUCUGGAAUUGGCAGUGCAAUCACGGCAGUAUCUAAAGAAAAUGGACUUAUAACCGCCAAUUCAGAUUAUCGUCGACAAGGAAGAACAGCAGGAUUAUAAAUAAAUUAUUCAGUAUUAUUAUGCGGAUGGACUUUAUAAUACUAGAAAUUUUUUGUGCUGUCAUAAUAUUUCAAUUGCUAAUAGCACUUGUAAGU